AGUCUCGUAUCCUCAGGGUAAAGGUGGUGUCUGGCAUUGAUCUAGCAAAAAAAGACAUCUUUGGAGCCAGUGACCCAUAUGUGAAACUUUCCUUGUAUGUAGCAGAUGAGAACAGAGAACUUGCUCUUGUGCAGACAAAAACUAUUAAAAAGACACUGAAUCCAAAAUGGAAUGAAGAGUUUUAUUUUAGAGUAAACCCAACCAAUCAUCGUCUCCUGUUUGAAGUGUUUGAUGAAAACAGACUGACUAGAGACGACUUCCUGGGUCAAGUGGAUGUGCCACUUAGUCACCUUCCGACUGAAGACCCAACCAUGGAAAGGCCAUACACAUUUAAGGAUUUCCUUCUCAGACCAAGAAGCCACAAAUCUCGUGUAAAGGGUUUCUUGAGACUGAAGAUGGCUUAUAUGCCUAAAAAUGGUGGCCAAGAGGAAGAAAACAAUGAUCAAAGGGAUGAAUCUGAGCACGGAUGGGAUGUGGUUGAUUCCAGUGACUCCGCAUCUCAACGUCAGGAGGAGUUACCACCUCCUCCGCUGCCUCCUGGAUGGGAAGAAAAGGUGGACAACCUGGGGCGGACUUACUAUGUCAACCAUAACAACAGGACUACUCAGUGGCAUCGACCAAGUUUAAUUGAUUUGGGAUCUGAUUCAGAUAACAAUAUCAGGCAAAUAAACCAAGAAGCAGCCCAUAGGCGGUUCCGCUCUCGUAGACACAUUAGUGAGGAUUUGGAACCAGAACCUAUGGAGAUUGGAGACAUUCCUGAGCCUUGGGAAACCAUUUCAGAGGAGGCAAGUGCAAGUGGAGAUUCCUUAAGCUUGUCAUUGCCACCUCCUCCUGCAUCUCCAGUAUCCCGUACCAGUCCUCAGGAGCUAUCUGAGGAACUGAGCAGAAGACUUCAGGUCACUCCUGAUUCCAAUGGGGAACAACUCAGUUCUUUGAUUCAAAGAGAUCCUUCUUCAAGAUUAAGAUCUUGCAGUGUAACAGACACAGUUGCUGAACAGUCUCAGUUAUCCUUGCAGAGUGGUCCAUCUAGGAGAGCUCGUUCUUCAACUGUCACAGGUGGUGAGGAACCAACGCCUUCAGUGGCCUAUGUACAUACUACACCAGGCUUACCUUCAGGCUGGGAAGAAAGAAAGGAUGCAAAAGGCCGUACAUAUUAUGUCAACCAUAACAAUCGAACCACAACAUGGACACGGCCCAUUAUGCAGCUUGCAGAAGAUGGCAUGGUUGGGUCAACAGCAAACAGCAGCAACCAUUUAAGUGAACCGCAGAUAAGACGGCCUCGUAGCCUCAGUUCACCCACAGUAACUUUAUCUGCUCCACUUGAGGGUAUCAAGGACUCCCCUGUGCGCAGAGCAGUGAAGGACACCCUUUCCAAUCCACAGUCUCCACAGCCCUCACCUUACAACUCUCCUAAACCACAACACAAAGUUGCACAAAGCUUCCUUCCUCCUGGCUGGGAGAUGCGAAUAGCACCCAAUGGCAGGCCCUUCUUCAUUGAUCAUAAUACUAAAACUACUACGUGGGAGGAUCCACGACUGAAAUUUCCAGUGCAUUUGAGAUCAAAAGCAUCUUUGAACCCUAAUGAUUUGGGCCCUCUUCCUCCUGGUUGGGAGGAAAGAAUACAUUUGGAUGGAAGAACAUUUUAUAUAGACCAUAAUAAUAAAAUUACCCAGUGGGAAGACCCUAGACUGCAGAACCCGGCAAUUACUGGUCCAGCAGUUCCAUAUUCCAGGGAGUUCAAACAGAAAUAUGACUAUUUCCGGAAGAAGUUAAAGAAACCAGCUGAUAUACCAAACAGAUUUGAGAUGAAGCUACACAGAAAUAAUAUUUUUGAGGAGUCCUACAGAAGAAUCAUGUCUGUGAAGAGACCUGAUGUACUAAAAGCCAGGCUUUGGAUUGAAUUUGAGUCAGAAAAAGGACUUGACUAUGGAGGUGUGGCCAGAGAAUGGUUUUUUCUCUUGUCCAAGGAGAUGUUUAACCCUUAUUAUGGUCUCUUUGAAUAUUCAGCAACGGACAACUAUACACUUCAGAUUAAUCCUAAUUCAGGUCUUUGUAACGAAGAUCAUCUGUCGUAUUUCACAUUUAUUGGUCGGGUUGCUGGUCUGGCAGUAUAUCAUGGGAAGCUAUUGGAUGGCUUCUUCAUCAGACCUUUUUACAAGAUGAUGCUGGGAAAACCAAUAACUCUGAAAGACAUGGAGUCAGUGGAUAGCGAAUACUACAACUCUUUGAAGUGGAUCCUAGAAAAUGACCCUACAGAGCUGGAUCUCAUGUUUUGCAUAGAUGAGGAAAACUUUGGACAGACAUAUCAAGUCGACCUGAAGCCAAAUGGGUCAGAAAUCAUGGUAACAAAUGAAAACAAAAGGGAAUAUAUUGACCUGGUCAUCCAAUGGAGGUUUGUAAACAGAGUUCAAAAACAAAUGAAUGCUUUUUUGGAGGAAUUCACAGAACUUCUUCCUAUUGAUCUGAUUAAAAUUUUUGAUGAAAAUGAACUAGAGUUACUGAUGUGUGGCCUUGGCGAUGUUGAUGUUAAUGACUGGAGACAACAUACAAUCUACAAAAAUGGUUACUGCCCAAAUCAUCCCGUUAUCCAGUGGUUCUGGAAGGCCGUUUUACUGAUGGAUGCUGAAAAGCGGAUUCGAUUACUGCAGUUUGUUACUGGGACGUCACGUGUGCCUAUGAAUGGAUUUGCUGAACUUUAUGGUUCAAAUGGUCCUCAGCUGUUUACAAUAGAGCAAUGGGGAAGUCCUGAUAAACUGCCCAGAGCUCACACAUGCUUUAAUCGCCUAGACUUACCUCUUUAUGAAUCUUUUGAAGAUUUGCGAGAGAAGCUACUUAUGGCAGUUGAAAAUGCUCAAGGAUUUGAAGGAGUGGAUUAAAACAUCGACUUUUUUCCCCCUUCAAGCAAGUUCUGCUUGCACUUUUGCAUUUGCCUAAUGGACUCUGAGUGAUUAUGGCAGAACAGUUGCACAGCGUUGCUUCAUGGAGCAAACCCUUCGACAGCGCAGUUGCCUGAAUCCAGAAGUUUGAACUGUGUAGUCUGUGGGUGGCUCUUCUGAUGUUUCCACAGCAGAUUACCAACUGCUUAACAUGAACUCUGAUCACAUUUCAGCAGGACUUACUCUAUUUAUGUUGUGCCUCUGUAGGCAAAGCCCUUAAUAAAUAUUUUACAUAAUUUCUAAUGACAAUGAAUGGAAUUAAUCAUUUUACAGGUAUAGUAUUACAACUCAUGUUUACUUUUUAAUUGAUUUAGACAUUUUCAGAUUUUAUUUCAUUACAAUUAAAUACCAUAUACUUGGAAAAAUGAGCAUUUUUCUUAAUUUCAUACCAGACUUGAUGCCAGUGUCAUUUUUUUCAAAGCACAUUUUGAGCCUUGUGUUCCCAAACCAUUAAGAAAGUAGGUAGGAGAAAGCUAUGUUGGAAAUUUUCUCUACAUGGGCUAUAUAUAUUGAGAGCAACUCUUUUCAUUGAGCACAUAAAUAUUUUUCUGUAUCCAGAAGUAUGGACUGGAUGUUGCAUUUUUGUAUAAAUACUAGAAUAGUUAUGAGUCAAGGGAGAAUCAUAACAUAGCAUGCCAAAUCUCAUGUUCAAUAAAGAAAUUGCCUCAUUAUUGGUAAUAUUUACAUGUACUAUAAAGCAUUUUGGGGUAGGGUUGGCAUUAAUCAUUUUAGGAAAGUAUGCUUAACCCUGUCAUUAUCUUUGUAUAGCGAUUCUUUUAUUAUCCUUUCCUCUUAGCUGUUUGCAAUGGAGGCAUUUUGAAUGAAACCCGGCACUGUGUGAUUUGGCACUAUGGAAAACAGACCUGUUUUGUCUCCUAUUUGUAUGCAUUUGCUAAUGAUAUCUAAAUAACAAUGGUUUUUUUUGUUUGUUUCUAACUGCACCAACUCUAAAGGCACUUUAUGUAACACAUGGAAGUCAUAUCUGUUUUUUUAUCAUAAACAUUAAUCUCACUGCACAUGUCUUUCUGGUGCAAUAUCUAUCAAUUGUGAAUUUGGCUGCUGCUGAUGUAUAAAAGAAAAAAAACAAACAGAUGUAGAGCUGAGCCUGCAGACAUGUUCCUCAGCAAUUGUUUUUGUGAUUUAUUUUUUACUUAAUCACAAAGAUUUAUUUAAUAUACACUGCUAUCUAAUCAAUUUUGUUACCUAUGACGUUGCAUGCUUAAACUAUAAUGUCCGAGUUGCAUCUCUUUUGUGAUGGAUUAAAAGUGAAAGAUUUGUGUUUGAUCCACUGAAGUUAAAUGGUUACAAUACUACUAGAGUAGGUUUGAGGGUAUGGCUUCAGCAAUUUAAUGUUCAGUUUUGUAAGUUUUGCCCACAUACUUACCUCUAUGUAGGCUUUUUCCCCCAAGAACCCAUUUAAUGCUUAUGAAGCAAGAUGACACCACAUGCCAAAACAGUUUCACCUCAUUGCCAACAGCUUUUUUAGCCCUGCUCUUGCCCCCUCCCCAACGCCUGCUGGCAAGUACAAUCUACAUCUGAGAAUGAAGAGACAUACUGCAGAAACUUUAAUAUAGUAAUACUUCAGCUGAAAAGGCUACUGGAAAGAAGCCUUAAUGCUAAUAACAUUCAGCAAAUGGUUGUGUGCUAGCAAAAAGUUUGAAGCACCAACAGAUGCAUGAGGAAAGGUAGUCUAUUAUUUGAACACAGGUUAAGAUUCAUUUUUUAUUAAGUUUCCUGACAUUCCUUUCUGACCUCUUACAUUGGAUGAGCAAGCUUGAACAUGAGAAAUGGGCUGCAUCUGAGUAGGUAGAGAAACACUGUACCAAUUGUUUAGCUGUGGGAAGGAGUGCAGGGAAGGUAGAGAGGAUGAGGUAAAUCCAGGUAUUUCCACUGACCUUCAGUGUGUUAAGCACAGCUGGCCUUAACACAGACUCCCAUGAGGGAAGUGUCAUGCUCCAAAAUUUGUUUUCUUUCUGUCUUAACCUGGAGGAUUUUUGGUGUGGUUGGAGGCUCUGUUCACGUCCGAUGCCAUGUAUCAGAGCCUUAAGAACUCCUGAGACUUUUUUGGUUGUGGAACUGAAAUGUAAUCUCAUGUAUAGAUGAAGGCUGUGACCUAGUAGUAGCACAGCUGAGGCAGAACCAGAAGUCAGGUUGCAUUUAAGAAUCUGCCAUUCUCUGGUUUGGUCCCUCAUCUUGAUUUGGUCCCUUCCCUCCUCUCAACUUCUAAAACAGGUUUACUUGUCUAUAUCAAAGCCCUUUCAGCUAUCUAGAACUACAUAGUGACAUCUGACUAGAAGGGAAAUUUUUAUUGUUUGGAUUCUUUUUCUUUUUUUUAAAGAAAAUUUAGAAUGACUUUGCUUAACAUCUUUUCAGAUCCACUUACCUCACAAACUGACACACCAAAAGCAUUCACUGGGUAUUAAAAUAGUGAGGUGAAUUCUACUGUAUGAAUUGUAAUUAAUGUGCAUUUGGACUGUUGUAGUUUAGAGAAGGGGUUUUCAUUUUUAGGAAACAGUUUAUUAAUAAUUAUUAAUAUUAAAAGAAAGCCCUUGACUCCCUCAAGGUAUGCCAUUAGAGUGGCAGCUUUGAGUGCAGCACAUAAAGAGACCUGACCUAACUCAGGCAGCAUUGACAAUGAAGCCCAACAUGCAGUGCCCUGAUAGACUUGUACAGAUCAUGCUGAAAUUUGUGCUAUUUAUUUUGGCUUUCUUGCGAUUAAUGCAAAUUGCUAAAUAAAUGCUAUUUGUGCUUCUUGUGCCCUAGACUGCAACCACAGCUCUCACCUGCAUUGCAAACCUACCAUCACUGUAGAGCUGAUGCAGUACCAUACGGCUAUCCAAGUUAGCUUUUGUUUUGGAACCAGUUUGCUCAACACUCCAUGAAGGUGUUACUCCUAACAGCCCAGGUGAACAGAAUAGUAAGCCAGCACAUCAUUACUUUUUGUUACCCGAGUUAGCUAUGCUAUUAGGACACAGCACCAUGGUUUGCCUUUAGAGAUGCACUACAGCUCCCUUCACUAUGGAACUGAAACUGUCCUUUUCUUGUUGGGGUCCAUAAGUAAUCCAGAGUCAGUGUUCACAAAUGAACAAGACUAGCUGUAGGAUAAGCCAAGGGGAAUUGCUCAGCCCAGUCCCUUUGCUGCACAAAGCUUUUGUUACAGGUAUCAGAAGCCUUCCUGGUAGCUAGAACUAUCAGGCUGUUACUGACAGGCUUGGCACCACAGUAGUUACAGGGACAUAAGCCCCUGUUAAAAUGUACUAUACCCACGCAACUCAGAUUCUGUUAUUGGUGGCCACAUUGGUGGCUAAACCCUUGGCAGAUACACCCCUCUCAUCAGUCAAAAAGUUAAGAUAUUCUAUGCUAUGACAAAACCCAGGAAGUUACCCUUCAGUUUUGCAAUGAACUAUAUGGGGCUAAGUAAAUGGUGUUAGCUCUGCAGAGGAAAUGGAUUUUCUUCUGCAGGGCUCAGCCAUAGUGCUGUUACUGAAAUCCUAAGCUGGAUUCCAGACUUUCCAUCUAGGAGUCCUGGAGCUCCUGAUGCUACAUUUGAAGGAAUCUUUCUAGGAAAAGAGGGAGCUAAAUGUUUAGCUUUACUUAAAACAUCUAAAACACAAAGCAACUAACACUCCAGUUGGGCUUGUACCAUAGUAUUGUGCCUUUCUUAACGCAGUACUCUUGCAUACCAACAAUUUAACCCAUUCACCACAAAAUGGCCCAACAGUAUUCUAAAAGGUUCUAUUCAGCUACUUUUUUUGGCUAAUAAAUGGUAAUCAUAAAGGUGGUACCUAAACCCAUUACUUGUUUGCUUUUAAGAAGCCUUAAGGCAAAUAAUUCAUAACAAUUUUAGUCACAAUACAGAAUACAGGGUCUGCAGCUGUCGCCUCCUGUUCACAUUAAGGCUUAUAGAUCUGUGCCUUGUAAGGUUGCAGUUAACAUACAGCAUACUGAUCACAUUAACUCCCACUUGCAUGCCUAGCUGCUGGAAACUGCUGCUUUUUAUCUUUCAGUCCAAACGUAACAACAACCCACUCUGUUACCACAAGAUUUAUCUUAUUUCUGUCUCUCUCAUGCUGACCUCUCCCUCUGUAAAUUCUGAGUGAAAGGAGCACAAGUGCCAUGCUAGUGUGACAUGUGUGCUGAUAAAUUAGCAGAGGAUGCUGCUGUAAGUACUAACCACGCAGUUAGCACCUGUCCCGCACCCCAAGGGAUGCACUGCAGUUGUCAUGUGCUCAGCCCUGUCAAACUGGUAAUCAUGACUGCAGCAUUCAGCAGUAAACUGUUCCCGAUGCUUUGGGUGAAGCAUUUUAUAUGACACUAAAGGGCCGAGAAUUGUGAAAACAAGGGAGCAGAAGCUGGAUAGUUAGACUGCACUUCUAAGAGUUAAAAAUAAGUGAUCGUACCCAUGUGAUUGCGAAGGCUAAUUAUCAGUAUAUAUAGUAGAAAAAACCAUAGAUUUCCAGAUUUGACAUCUUAAAAUUACAUUAAUUUUCUUAUGUUUUUACUAAAAACUUUUCCUUUUGUAUGUAAAAUUACAACAACAAAGAAAAAACCCUACAGUCUUCACCCAUGUGUUAUGAUGUUGCACUAAGAAGUAAUGCGUAUUUGAAAUGCACAGGAAACUUAUAAAACUGGAAUCUAACCAUAUUAAUGUUACAUACUCAUCAGGUCUGUCACAGUGCACCUAGAACCCUAUUAGAUACCACCAAUGCAAACCAUAUUUAGUCAUAUGUCUAUCGAUGCACACUUCUGAUGAUCUGUUUGUCCACAUUUAUCCUCCACUUACAUGUUGGGGUUUUUUCCUUUUCUAUAUUAAUUUCUUAGACCUUGCUUUUUUUUCCCCCUCCUCUUAAUUUUUUAAUGUGUAGCUGUAAAAAUAUAAACAGUAUACAUCCGCUACAAUAGUACAUAUGUUGCAUUUUUGUACUUCAACCCAUUCUAUUGGAUUUAAAGAGGCUCGUGAGCCGCCUGUCUCCACUGCAGAUUUGUCACAAUCAUGCAGUAGCGAAUAGGUUACAAUUCUCAAAACCCAAAUGGAAAACUCCAGAAAAUGAUGAAAACUGAGAUUAUUAAUAUUGCCAAACAUGCAAAAGUGUCAAACAUUCCAGAUUAAAUUCACACUGUUUAAUAAUUUUUUUUUGUAAAAUCACCUCAUACUAGAAGGCUAUUCAAAAUUAUGCUAAACUACCUUAAAAUUGAUUUUAAAAGUACUGCUUAUAAAUAAUGCUCAUUUUCAUAAUUAAUACAGCUUUAAACUGUGGUUGGAUUUGAUACACUGUGGGGAAAUGAUUUGUUUAUGGACAAAAGUCAUUUUUUCCAUUUAUUUUCUGAGGAGCAGUGAAAGAAAUUGUAGUUUGUUUUCCUGACAGCAAAAGCUCAAUGUGACAAAACGAAGUUGUUGUAAUGAAAUGAUGCAACUUAAUUAAAUAUUUAAUAAAGAAUUAUGGAAGCUACAGCAUUUUAUACUUCAAAUAUAUUUUUUGUCUAACCGGAGCUUUGUUUUGUUUUGUUAAAAAAAAAAAAUGCCGUAAGGUCACAAUUUGCAGGAAGGCUUUCACAACCUGGGAUGUGGUUGGGGGAGCCUAUAUGUAAGUCACAUCUGCACCCAAAUGAUUUUCAAGUGGUUAAACACACCACCCACAUAUUUCAGCUUCUGUAAAAGCAGCUCCCAAGUUUUUCCCCAGGAUCCUCACUGCGUUCAUCAAAAAGUAAUGUGUAUAAUGUUUUCAGCUGAAUAAGAAUGUAUCCCUAAGAAAAGUUUACAGUGGAUACUGGUCACUGGUGCACAGAAGGCAUGAUCCAAGAUAACUUUUCUCUAUAAGGAUCUGAACAAUUAAUCUAAGGUUAGUGAUUAUGCACUGUUCUCUAAAGAACUGUCACUAGAUAAAAUACAAAAAUUGCACCUCUCCCAACUUCUUAUUGGUAUCUCCUCUGUUCCGUUAUCAUUUCUAAUACAAGAACUGUAAUACUCCAGACUUCCAUGAGAAGUUCUGUUCUUUAAUUAUCCAAUUCUGCAGUGACCAUACGAAGCAGCACGCUUACAAACUUUUCCUGUUUAAGCCGUAUCUGAAAUAAGUGUGAAUGUUCUAUCAUUUUUAUUGCAUAUAUUCUAUGUUUACAGAAUUUUCCACAGCCCACAAUAAUGUAUGUGCUACAAACAAAAUACCCUACUUGCACCAAAUUCGACAAAAGUUCAGUUUAACAAUGCAAGUCUACACGUCAGUAAAUUUGUCCUGAUUUUCAGUGUUAGAGUUCUGAUGUUGUAGUACUAAGAACAACUUCUUAUUAACAGCAAUGGAACUAAUGUUGCCUUUUCUGUUAAUCAGUGUGAAUGCCUAACUUAAAACACACAAAAAACCCAACAACAACAAAAGCAAACACACACACACAAAAAAAAACCCAAACCUAACCAAAAAAACCCCAACAAAAACACCACGUUAUAUUUCUGACUUAACAGCUCACUUUAGGAAUACAGUACAUUCCUCCUCAGCUAAUAUCAGUGCUUGAGAGUGUUGCAGAUGGACUAAAUUAUCUGUUAGUCUUAAAUAUAGAAUCACUAUGUAUCAAAUUGUCUCCUGGCUUUUGAGCUUCACAUGAAGCACAGCCUACAUUCAGCAUUGAUCUGACUUGGACUACUACACACCAAGGGUCAUGUAGCAUACUCUUGCAGCUACCUUCAGCUGCAAUUUGCUGAAGAAAAGAAAAAAAGGAAG